UGAUUAUUGGGAUAUUGAGAUUUUAAAUACAAAUUGAUUAACCAGGAAAGAGAAAAUUGCAAGUUCUUGGAAAAUGCUUGUACAAAUCGUUCACAUACAUUAUUCUAACUAUAUGAUGACAAUAUGUCAAAAUUGCUACACCAAAUCUAUGGCCUACUGAUAAUUUUUAUAUUAAACGGGUAGAAUCAAGUAAAUCAGUCCAAAAGUCAUUGAAUUUUAACUAUCCACUAAGCUUCAUUUAUAAUUCCUCAGCUUUUGCAAGUGUUAAUGUCCUUUGCCCAAGAGUUUGGUGAUCACCUUAAGCCAACCAAAACCAAAACCAAAACCAAAACUUAUUACCAUUUUCUGUACCAAAAAAUGGACAUCAUAGGCUCGGUGUUGUCUGCUGCACAAACUUUGUUUGCAGCGUUGCAAUGUUUAGAACUUAAAGAGACCAUUUCAAUCUUUGGCUACAAAUCCCAACUUGAUGAUCUCAACCGAACCGUUUCCGCCAUUAGUGCUGUUUUCCGUGAUGCUGAGGCCAGGCAGGAGCUCUCCCAUGAAGCACUGCAAGGAUGCAGUUUUUGAGGCGGAUGAUCUGUUGGACGAGUUUGUCACUCUUGCUGAGCAGAAGCAGCUUCUCAAGGCUGGUGGUAGUGUCUCUAAAAAAAGUGAGUCAGUUCUUUUCUCUCCCCAACAACCCACUUAGUGUUGCUUACAAGAUGUCUCAUGGGAUUAAGGAUAUCAAGAACAAGUUGGAUGCUAUUGCUUACAAUAGCCAGUUCUGCUUUAAGCUUGGUCAUGAACCUAUCAGGAAGAGGUCGUUCGAGACUUGUUCUUACUUGGAUUCAGGUGAUAUUAUUGGAAGAGAGGGAGGAGGAGACUGAUGGAGGAAUUGAAGAUGGGGGAAUAACAAGAUUGAUGGAAGAGCUGCAACCACAUUCUAAUCUGAACCGGCUAGAAGUGAAUGGAUAUCAUGGUAAGAAACUGCUCGGUUGGCAAACUUUUCCCCCAAAUCUUGUAAAGCUAUGUCUUAUUGGUUGUGGGGAGUUAGAGUUCUUGCCAUGGCUUGGGAACUUGUAUGUUCUGAAAGUCCUUCAACUUAAAGACUUGGGAAAAUUGGAGUACAUAGAAGAAGAUAGUCCACCUGUAUUGGGAAAUACAGAAAAACUAUCGUUCUUGUCAUCGCUGGAAGAACUUCGGUUAGAAGAUAUGUGGAAGUUGAAAGGAUGGAGGAGAGGGAUCAUCUUCAUCAACUCCUUCAUGAUAGCAGCAACAUCAACAACGAGGCACAUUUGCAAUUACUACCAUGUCUUUCUCAAUUGAAGUCAUUGGUCAUAGAUAAGUGCCCGGAACUGACAUGUAUUUUGCCGUGUCCUAGGCUUCAAGUCCUAAAUAUCAAGAAAUUCAACAAAAAGUUGCAAAUAAUUAGAGAAAACCAAAUGGGUUGAGAAAUCAGGAGCAUCCACAUCCUGUUUUGACAUUGACGUUCCCUCUAGGCCUUCAUCGUGGUUGUCUGAUCAUGAAAAGAGGAAGGAUAGUAUUCUUGUUCCCAGAUUAAGGAAGGUGAUGGAAAUUGACAAUGUGGCAUGGCUUAAUUCUUUGUAUGCAGUGCUUAGACAUUGGUCUACCUCUCUACAGUUAGUAACCUCGGGUUUCUAUGUGCAAAUGUUUCAUUCCCACCUUCCACUAAUGAGGCAGAGUAGGAGUUGUUAGGCUGCAUUUGCUUUUUAUUCGAAGAUGAUGAUACCUAACUGGCAGACUAGAUCAAUUUGUUUUGACUUUUGACAUAA